GCAAGACAAGAAAGAAAAUAUCGAACGUACAGACGUAAAUGGCAACGUUGAAUCUUCCAUUUUACUGGGGAACCAAACAAGGGUUUGAGCUCAUUCAAUUCAUUUCCUCUUCGUCUCAAACCCAAACACUGGUCCCACUUCAAACCCUAGAAGAAGAAGAAGAAUCAAACCCUAGAGAGAGUUCAAAAUGAUGACAGCGAAAGUGGAUAAGUCUCAGAGAACUCCUAAGAAAUCUUCGGGUUUGAAGAAGGUGUUUCUUCGAACACUUCUUGGAAGUGCUUUGAAAGGUCUCGUCAAGCCGAAGCCUCGCACGCCGGUUGAUGUGGUGAGGCAGACUCGGUUUCUUUUGAUGUAUUUAGAUGCCAAUGCUGAUCGUGGUGGAAUUAAGCAUACCGAGAAGAUCGAAGAAAUAAAUAGACACAUUUGGGAGUUGAAGGUAAUUCUUUAUGGCAAUAGUGAAUCAGAGCCUGCUGCAGAAGCUUGUGCACAAUUAACCCAAGAGUUCUUUAGGGAGAACACAUUUCGUCUCCUGAUUACUUGUCUUCCAAAAUUGGACUUAGAGGCCCGUAAGGAUGCCACCCUAGUGGUUGCAAAUCUGCAGAGGCAACAGAUUUAUUCACGUUUGAUUGCUUCUGAUUACUUGGAAGCUAACUUAGAUAUCAUGGACCAUUUAAUAUCUGGGUACGAGGAUCCGGGCAUUGCUUUACAUUAUGGUGGAAUGUUGAGGGAGUGUAUACGACAUCAAAGUGUUGCAAGGUAUGUUUUAAAAUCAGAAAAUAUGAAGAAGUUUUUUGACUAUAUACAACUUCCAAAUUUCGAUGUUGCUGCCGAUGCUACAGCAACCUUUAAGGAGCUUUUGACCAGACAUAAGUCAACUGUUGCUGAAUAUCUCUCUGCAAAUUACGAUUGGUUCUUUGCUGAAUUCAACUCAAAGCUAUUGGAGUCUAGCAAUUACAUCACCAGAAGACAGGCUGUCAAGCUAUUGGGAGAUAUUUUACUCGACCGUUCAAAUUCUGCUGCUAUGAUGCGCUAUGUGAACUCAAAGGAUAACUUGAGGAUUUUAAUGAAUCUUUUGAGGGAGUCGAGCAAGAACAUUCAGAUAGAUGCAUUUCAUGUCUUCAAGCUAUUUGCUGCUAACCAAAAUAAGGCCCCUGAUAUCGUCAACGUACUUAUUGCCAAUAGAAGCAAGCUUUUGCGAUUCUUUAGUGGCUUCAUGAUUGAUAAAGAGGAUGAACAGUUUGAAGCAGACAAAGCUCAAGUUGUGAAAGUAAUUUCUGAAUUGGAACCCUAAGUUGCGGAGCGAACGGUUGUAGAAAACAUAUACAACUUGUAAAGUAUUGGUUGAUUAUUAUAAACAUCCAUUUCUGUAAUUAAUAAAUGAUAGUGAUUGUAUAGAGUAACUUGUUUAUAUUCUUCCAAUAUUGGGGGGAAAAAAAAAGGUACAGAUAGAUAUGCAUCUAUAUAUAUCAUGCCAUUUUUUUUACUGGGAA